AUGCAGAUUGAUCAAAUCGAUAAUUUAUUUUUGUUUGCACAAGUUGAACAAGAGCUAUCUUCACCAAAUACUACAUUAUCCAUUCAACCAAAUCAUUUUGAUAAUUUGAAUAAUUCAUUUCAUCCAAGUUAUUUAAUCCAUCCAAAUAAUUUUGCUUGGGUUAAUAUUACUAGA